AUGGGCCUAGGUGGGGUUCAGAACUUCGCCUCCGUGGCAGUCGUUCGCUUCCUGCUGGGUGUUUUCGAGGCUGGUCUCUUUCCAGGUCUUAUGACCUUCUGGUACCGUACCGAAGAGCGAUCAAUCAGAGUCGUACUGAUCCUCGCAUUGGCUACUCUCGCAGGCGCAUUCGGUGGUGCCAUCGCUUUUGGUGUCGGGCACAUGAACCAGGUGGGCGGUCUGAGUGCUUGGCGAUGGCUGUUCAUCCUCGAAGGCAUCCCGUCGGUCCUGUCCUCACUUUUGGUGUUGUUCUUUCUACCAGACUACCCAGAGACUGCGAAGUGGUUGUCGGAAUCCGAAAAGCAGCUCGCCGUCGAUCGUCUCCGUGUCGACGGCUCACAUGGCCAAAGCGUGCAUCUGACCUGGACUGAGGCCAAGGCAACGUUGUGCGACUAG